AUGCUCGGUUUUCGUCUGAUUGCAUUCCUAAUAUUUUAUGCUUCGGUUUAUUGCGAGAAUUUUAAUGAAGAACUUCUCAUCAAAGAUCUUGGUCAUGGAUAUACAGCAUUCCAUUUCAAUUUUGCCGCUACAACUUCAGAGUCUGUUUUCCAUUCAAAGCACUAUAACAUUCUUCCGAAACCCAUCAUUCAAAUCCUAAAAAAAUAUGAUGUGGAUGAAUUCCACCUUUCUAUCUCAAGAGGGAUAUGGGAUGAACGUUGGGGUAGUAACUUUAUUUCAGUUUCUCCUUCUGGAGCUGAACUAUGGGCAUGGUUUGGAAGUCAAACUACCAGUGUUGAUCAAUCAUGGUUUAAAUUAACACAUGCUCUUUCGGGAUUAUUCUGUGCUUCUUUAAACCGACUAUCUACAAAUGAACAUUUUGCCUCUCCGAUCCACUCUUACAAGCCAUCUGGAGUACCGAAAUUCAGUAGAGUUUCUAAGGAGGUCAGAUAUUCUCAGCUACCUGGUGAGGCUUUGUGCAGUGAGAAUUUGACUCCAUGGACCAAGUACUUACCAUGUAAAGCAUUUUCCGGUUUGGGAAGCUUGUUGCGUUCAACUUCACUGUUUAAGUCAAAUUACAACACCAUGACUAUUGGAGUUAGACGAGUGUGUUUGGAUUUAGAAUGUCACGAAAUCGGGCUAGAGCUGAUGGAAACCCUGACCGUUGUCUUUGACAGAAGUUUGUUGUUUGCGAAAAGAACAUCUCCUUGGUCUAUCAGAAGUAUCCUUGGUUCGGAAUUCAAAGGAUUUUGCGAUGCAGCAAACACUAGUCGCGUGUUCAUCCUUGCUUCAUAUGAAGAUAUGAAUAUCCCUUUAGAUAAUAAACUGAAAGUCGACUGUUUGGAUAAUCGUGUUCUAGCUGCGUAUUCGACAAAAGAUCUAUCUACACAAUUCAUAUCUUUUCCUUUCAAAACUAGUGGGAAAAAGUCCUCUCCAGAGCAUUCACCUCUUGUUUCAGCUACCAAACAUAUCACUGGUUCUGGAAGUGUAAGGGGUGGAGUCAAAGUUUUCCUGACUAGUAGAGCUGAUUUCAACUUAAAGAUAGUUUAUUUUGAUCUAAUUCCGUGGUACACACAAGUUUUUUUCAGUUCCUUAAAAAUCUACGGUUUGGAUCCCAAAACACAAAACAAAACAGAGAUUACCCCAAACUGGUUGGCAGUUAAACCAAGUUUGGCUAGGAAACGUAUGGGCAGUAUUGAAUUAGUAAUCACUUUGCCUGCUCUUAAUCAGUUAAUCAUUACUUAUGAGUUUCGGAAAGUUUUACAACGCUGGAAUGAAUUUCCUCCUGACGCCAAUCAUGGCUUUUUCGUUCCUGCAGCAACUGUUUCGUAUGUUUUAAACAGCGAACAAAUAUAUUAUUUAAACAAAACAAAACAUACAGCAUUCCACAAUCUGAAUCUCCCGAAUUGGGCCAGUAGUUACAAUCAGUUUUUCAAUACAACUCAUUCUGUACCUCAGGAUGAUUUUGUUCGUCUACACACUCCUGUAUCUCUGGUCACAAUGCCAACACCAGAUUUCAGUAUGCCAUUUAAUGUUUUGUGUUUGCUCGGUGCUGGCACAGGACUUUGUGGAAUUACUGCAGCUAUUCUCGGGGCUCUUCAUGUUCGAUUCACUGAUAAAGACACGACAUAUUCGGAUAAACUACAUCUUAAUGCUCAGCUGAAUGGAAUCAAAAAUUAUGAUUUUACUCCAUUAGAUUGGAAUUAUCCCCUCGACUGGUCAGGUGGGAUCUUCGAUACCAUUUUAGCAUCAGAUUGUUUGUAUGAUAAGGAAGACUGCAACUUUACAACUAAGAGUAAACAACAAUGCAUCUUUACUUCUUUCUUUCGAAAAUCGGAGACCUCUCAGUUUUGUUUAAGAAAUAUGGUCUCAAGGCCGAUGUUCUAA